UACUUUCCGCUGUUUACCUCGAUAAAGUCUUCCACGAAGAUUUUCAAUAAAAAUCACCUGCCAAACUCAGACUCUUUGGAUCCCCGAUCGUUUAUCAACAAGAAUAACUCGAUGACGCUUCAGUCUCUGGGAAACACUUGGGUCAAUCAAAUAUUGAAGGAGGCUUCUGCUUUAGCUCUGAGCUACUUCUGUGUGGCUUCCAACUGUGCUCAUCAAGCGAGUUCUUCCAUUAUCCAGCGCGUCAUAAACGAUCUGAGCACAAUCAAGGAUUUCACUCGAGCGACACAACUGGGUUGCUCUCCUUCGAUCGAUAAACCCUGCAUCAUCUAUUCUGAUCGCUCUUUUCAACGCGAUUUUUCCUCCGCGUCUCCGCACACCUUAAAUCGUGUCGAUGUAUCCAGGAUGACUUCUCUGGAUUUGCAGGGAUUCGGCUGUUCACCUGGAGGUGAAUUGUCGGCCUACUUAUCCUAUUUCUCUGCUAACCAUCGACUGAGUUGCAACGCGCGAGAACGUGCAAGUCUCCUUCCCACUCAACCGAAACAUUCAGGCAACUCACAGCACUGCACUCAAGUUAUCUGUGGACGCGCCCAACUCGGAUCAGAAGCAGAUUGCGGUCGUUCGGUUUAUCAAGCUGGACCCGACUUCUCAACUGAUCCUAAGACACCCAUCGCGUCUACUUCGAAUCCUAAGGCCCAGUCGCAUUGCGGUUCGUGGUUACAGAUCUUUCCCGAACGGGUGCUUUCAUGCGCAGACAACAUUGCUAUGGACUGUUGUAUUGAAGCGAUGCAACUUGCAAGGCUCCAACGUCUGCAGUUGCAGGAGGUUGUCGAUCUCAUCAAUUCCUCGGGAUGCACUGCCAGCGCCUUACUAUCCGCGGUAUCCGACUACAGCACAUAUCGUCUUCGCUGCGCGGAUUCUACCGUUCGAACUGACUUGCCUGAAACCGCGCCGGGCGCAGAAAUCAUGUCCUUAUUUGACUUUCUCCUCAGUCGUUUCUCAUCGACUGUGAAUAACCCCUAG